GAUGCUGUCUUCCAAGGUUCUAUAUCAAAAGAAACAACUCAAUCAUCUCGCCGGUCAUCACGUAUCUUUAGCUUUGACUUUUUACAUGGUUUUGUAGCUGCGUUAUCUGUCAUCAUUGUAUCAGAGCUAGGCGAUAAGACAUUCUUUAUUGCGGCAAUAAUGUCAAUGAGACAUUCAAGGUUGGUAGUUUUCACUGGAGCCAUGGGAGCACUGGGUCUCAUGACCGUCCUUUCAGCAGUUCUGGGUUUUGCAACAACUGUAAUUCCACGAAAAUACACACUGUAUGUAUCAACGGCUCUUUUUGUCUUCUUUGGUCUUAAAAUGUUAAAGGAAGGAUAUGAAAUGGACCCCAAUGAGGGGCAGGAGGAAUUAGAAGAAGUUCAAGCGGAACUUAAAAAGAAAGAGGCUGAGGUUAGUAUUGUCACCUGCAUGAAACUGGUAUGGUAACUUAAAUAGUUUUCACUGGAUGGUGCAUUUUAGCCUGUGCUACUUGCGGGUAGUAUCAAUCACAUAGGGUUUCUGUUUUCUUAAAUUACAAAAAUUCAAAUUUGUGAAAUUAUAGGAUUGGUUGGCAUAUUCAGAGAGAACAAGAAGAAAAAGCCCUCUUACCAAAAAUCGCCCUUUUUAGUGCAAAUUGUUGUUUAGAUAGAUAUAAGCACUGGUUUGCUCUGAUGACUCCAUACAAAUCCUUGAAAAAUUGGCUUGGAUCAUAAUGUUAACAUUCCCGGCCUAUUUUAGAAGGAUUUAUGUGCAGUCAUCAGAGCAUAACAUUGCAUAUAUCUCAUCACCAAUUUGCAGUGACAGGCUGAUUUUUGCCAAGUGAACAUUUUUCAUCUUGUUCUUUCUGGAUAUGUAAGUAAGUAAGUAAGUGAGUACAGUCGACUCCUGAUAAUUCGAACCUUCAAAGGAAAUAGACAAAAAGUUCGAGUUAUCGGGAGUUCGAGUUACCGAGGGUAAGAUUAUUUAGAAAAUGAUCUGAAGGGAAAUGAAAAUUGCUUCAAGUUAGUGGGAGGUUCAAGUUAUAGAGGUUUCGAGUUACUGGGAGUCGAUUGUAACCUUAUUUAAUCAGGGUAGCCUAUUCAGCAAUGAGGCUGGUAUCCAUAGGGGCUCUGAGAAAUAAAAAAGUAUACUAUUUAAAAAUUCCUAAGGUGUAUACAUGAUUAAAAUAAACAAUAAUACUGUAAAAAAUCUAGCUAGGUCAAUAUAAAAAGUGUGUGCUGAGAGAUAAGAAAUUAAAAUUAUAAGGUAAAAUACUCUGUCAGCAUCUUUUUAAAACUAUUUACAGACGUGGCACUUUUAACAUAAUUGGGUAAAAAAUUGAAAUAAAUAGCCUCUGCAUACUUAAAAGUUCUUUUGCCCAUGUUACGUUUAGGCUUUGGUGAGUGCAGGUCAUUACUUUUUCCAGUUGCAUGAUUGUGCAACAAAUCAGAUGAUUUCACAAAUUUAGUUUUCGUGACAUCAUCACUUCUCAUCCCUAUGAAGCCACCCUUAACCCCUUAAGCCCCAAUAUCCACAAACAAAUUCUCCAAACUGAUCUCUGAACAUUUCCUUACAGAAUUAGUUGGGAGAAAUUGAUAAAAGAUCAGAGAUUUUUCUCUUUGUGAUCAUUUGAUUAAUUCUCAUAGAUGUUGCACUUGACAAUCUAUGGAUAUUGUUAGGAGAAUAUUGAUGUUGGUCACUAUUGGGACUUAAAGGGUGAAAGUCACAACACAUAAUAUGAAAAACUCAGUAUCAUGUUUUGCUAUUGUUCGUUUAAAAAUGUCAUGUAACUAUUGCUUUUAAAGCUAAUCAAACUGUAACCAUUUUCUUUUUUGGCAGUUGGUAGGAAUUAAUGAUGAUCAGUCUGUAAACCACUCAGGCAUGAAUAAAUAAAUUCAUUGUUAUUAUUUGAAAUGAAGUGGAGGUGUGGUGGCUGUGCAGUUAAGACUUUAAANUCUGUAAACCACUCAGGCAUGAAUAAAUAAAUUCAUUGUUAUUAUUUGAAAUGAAGUGGAGGUGUGGUGGCUGUGCAGUUAAGACUUUAAACUUGGGAUUUGCUGGUCAAGGUUUGCGUCUUGGAUAUAUUAUGUUAUAUAAAGCUGUCUUCCUUUUUUUUAAGUUGGAAAAAGAGCAAUCUUCAACCGUUACUCAAGAUGUUGAGACUGGUGUUAUCCGAGGUGGAAAAAAGCAUGCAAAGUUUUUUGGUCUACUUUCACCCAUACUACUUCAAGCAUUUACACUGACUUUCCUGGCAGAGUGGGGAGAUAGAUCACAGAUUGCAACUAUCCUGCUUGCAUCAAGAGAGGUAGGUUUUUCAGAGAGUUAAUAUCUGACCUUCCAGGAGAAGGGACAUUCUUGAGAUCUUUCUUAACUUUCUGUCUUUUCAACAUGCCAAGAAAGUAUUGUAUCUGUUGUACUUCAAUUUUGCUCAUGGUAGAAAUUGUCUUCGUACUGGUACAAUUACCUUUAAACUGGUACAAAAUUAUUGAUCCAGUACAAAAUUUACUAAAUGGUUCUCAUUAUACCUUUUAAAGAAAUAGUCUUAGUUUACAGAUAUCUAGGGUUAAGCACUCAUUUUACUGAUAAGGGUUAGGUACUGUCUUUCCUCACGUGUAACCCUUUACCUGGUCAGAAGGGUUUACAGUAGUUAUUAAAGUCAAAAUGUCUUGUUUUGUUGACAGAAUGUUGUGGCAGUGAUAAUUGGAGGAACAUUAGGGCAUGGCUUAUGUACUGGUCUUGCUGUUGUUGGAGGAAGAUUAAUUGCCCAAAAAAUAUCUGUCAGAACAGGUAAGUUAUCUUUUGAUCUUUUGCUCAAGAUUUUUAUCUUUUUAUUUAUUUGGUUU